AUGGUUGACAAGCAACGCAUUCUUAUUCCUGGCGGUGCCGGCUACAUUGGCAGCCACGUUGUGCUGACGGUCCUGAACACCCGCAAGUACCGCGUGACAGUGCUGGACAACUUCCACAACUCCAAGCCGGAAGCUGUGCGCCGCAUUGAGGAGCUGGCGCUGAAGGCGCUGCCAGCGGACGCGACGGAGCAGGACAAGGCCGAUUGCGCCGUGGAGCUGAUCCAGGCCGACUUGCGUGACAGUGCCGCGGUGGAGAAGGUGUUUGCGGACCGCCCCGCGAACGACCGUAUCUACGCGGUGAUCCUCAUCGGUGCGCUCAAGGCUGUGGGUGAAUCGUCAGAGAUCCCGAUUGACUACUACAAUGUGAACGUCGGUGGCCUGCUCAACCUGCUUACAGCCAUGGACAAGCACGAAGCGAAGCGUCUUGUGUACAGCUCGUCGGCGACCGUCUACGGCGCUCCGACCACCAUUCCGAUCCCAGAGACCACACCGAUGGACCCGCAUAGUCCGUAUGGCCGCUCGAAGCAGAUCUGUGAGAUGAUCAUUCGCGAUGUGUGCCAUGCGCACAAGGACUGGCGUGCGAUCUCGCUGCGCUACUUCAACCCGGCUGGCGCGCACCCGUCAGGCCGUCUGGGUGAGGAUCCACGCGGCAAGCCGGGCAACUUGCUUCCGCUGCUCGCGCAGAUGGCCGUCGGCAAGUACCGCGAGCCGGGUCUGAAGGUGUUUGGCAACGACUACCCGACGCCGGAUGGCACGUGUGUGCGUGACUACAUCCACAUUCUUGACCUGGCAGAGGGCCACCUGAACGCCAUGCAGGCCUUGGACGACGACAGCAAGUUUACCGAGAGUCGCAGCCGCGCAUUCAACCUCGGCAAGGGCGUGGGCAUGAGCGUGCUGAACAUGAUCGAUGCGAUGCGCAAGGUGACGGGCUACGAGUACCCGUACGAGAUUGUAGGUCGUCGCCCUGGUGAUGUGCCGGACCUCACGGCGGACCCUGCUCUCGCCGAGAAGGAGCUGGGCUUCAAGGCCACACGCUCGUUGGACGACAUGUGCCGUGACUUGUGGAACUGGCAGUCGAAGAAUCCGGAUGGCUACGACUCGUAA